AUGGCGCUACAAUUUCCACGUCCAGCUCCAUGGAGGAAUAAUAAUUUGACUUUACCGCAAAAGGAAAAUCCACUUUCAGAACAAGGAGAAACUAUAAUAGGUAUUUACCUUCUAUCUUUAGGUUGGAUGUCAUGGUUUGGCAACAGUAUUGUAAUAUUUAUACUCUACAAGCAGCGGUUAAGUUUACUACCCACUGAUUACCUCACAUUUAAUUUGGCUGUGUCAGAUGCAAGCAUCUCCGUAUUUGGCUACUCUAGAGGAAUCAUUGAAAUCUUCAAUGUUUUCAGAGAUGAUGGUUUUCUAAUUACCUCUAUAUGGACAUGUCAGGUUGAUGGGUUUCUCACUCUUCUUUUCGGCCUAGCCAGCAUAAAUACCCUCACUCUCAUCAGCGUGACUCGUUAUAUUAAAGGCUGCCAUCCUCAGAGAGUUAACUGUAUUAGCAAUAGCAGUAUCACUAUAUCACUGGUCCUAAUUUGGAUUGCGGCCUUGUUUUGGUCAGUGGCUCCUCUCCUGGGAUGGGGCAGCUACAGAGAUCGUAUGUACGGAACAUGUGAGAUUGACUGGACCAAGGCAAGCUAUUCUACAAUAUAUAAAUCUUACAUUGUGUCCAUUUUCAUAUGCUGUUUCUUCCUACCAGUGAUAGUUAUGCUCUUCUGUUAUAUGUCCAUCAUCAAUACCGUUAAAACAAGUCGUGCUUUGGCGUGUGAGGGGGAUCCAUCAGACAGACAUAGGAAAAUGGAACGAGAUGUUACAAGGGUGUCUAUAGUAAUUUGCACAGCAUUCAUUAUUGCCUGGUCUCCAUAUGCUGUGAUAUCCAUGUGGUCAGCUUGUGGUUAUCAUGUUCCCGGUAUGACUAGUAUUCUUGCCAGUCUUUUUGCCAAAUCUGCUAGCUUCUACAAUCCUCUGAUUUAUUUUGGGAUGAGUUCUAAGUUCCGAAAAGACCUCCGAUUCUUACUUCCAUGCACAAAAACUAAUAAGGAUCCAGUCAAACUCAAACGCUUCAAACAUCUAAAACAGAAACAUAAUCCCACACCACCAGUUAUAGAAGAGAAGUAUAAUGACCAUCCAGCAGAAAUAUUGCCAGCACACAGUCAAGACUCUGGCAUGGGAAGUCCAACGAAUACUCCUCCCCUGGAGAUGAAAGAUGUCUACACAUGUGAAAACUUAAAUUUAGCAUCUGACUCUCCUAAUUAUGAAUGUGAUCGAUUAUGA